AUGACUGGCCAUUUCUUUGAAGGAGCAGAAAAAUUAUUAGAAAUUUGGUUUACAACAAGUACAAGUGAUACAAUUAAAUAUACAUCACGAAAUGAUUUACGAAAUAUUCCUCGAGAUCUUAUUGAAGAAGUAUUAAAUUUGGUUAAUUGUAAAGUACUUCAAUAUGCACAAUCGGCUACAACGGAUACAUAUGUAUUAAGUGAAUCAAGCAUGUUUAUUUUUCGUACACAUUUUGUUUUAAAAACAUGUGGUGAAACAACAUUACUUCAUGCAGUUCAACCAAUAUUAGAACUUGCACGAGAUUAUUGUGAUUUUGAUAUUGUCGAUCAAGUUUUCUAUAGUCGUCGAAAAUUUCUUCGACCUGAAUUACAAAAAGAACCACAUACAAGUUUCGAACAUGAAGUCGCUUAUCUUGAUUCACUUUUCGAAGGUGGUAGCGCAUAUGUUCUUGGUCGUACUAAUAUCGAUUGUUGGUAUUUAUAUACAUUGAACAAGGCAUGUGUUCGUACUAAAUCCGAUCAAACAUUGGAAGUUAUUAUGACGAACUUAGAUCAGGAAAAAAUGAAAAUUUUCUUUCAAGAACAUACAAAAUCAGCAGCUGAAGCAACGAAAAAAGCUGGUAUUGAUAAAAUUUUUCCAAAUGCAAAAAUUUUCGAUUAUUUAUUUAAUCCAUGUGGUUAUUCAAUGAAUGGUCUUCUACCUGAUGGUUAUUAUUUUACAAUUCAUAUAACACCUGAACCAGAUUUUUCAUAUGUUAGUUUUGAAACAAAUGUUCCAUAUCAUCAAUAUAAUGAUAUAGUUCGUAAAGUUAUUUCAAUGUUUAAUCCAGGAAAAUUUACAACAACAAUUUUUGGUGGAUCGGCAUCAAAUAGUCUUGAUAAACAUCGUAAAAUAUUUUUAUAUUCGGAUUAUGCUCGUAUUGAUCAUCAAAUUGUUUGUUUGGUUGAUUAUGAUCUUAUUUAUAGUUAUUAUAAAAAACAUCCGAGCUGA